AUGGAAGGGCAUCCUUUCACCUGGGUAAAAAGUAGAGGUACUGCACAUGCUAUUGAAGAACGACUUGAUCGAGCUCUCGUCUCGCAUGAGUGGUGGGACAACUUUCCGGAUGCUAAACUUACCAACUUACUCGCUUCUUGUUCAGACCACAGCCCUAUCCUGCUUCAAUGCGAUCCGACCCACCGUAUUAGCCAUAAGAGCUAUCGCUUUCGGUUUGAGAAUGUAUGGCUUAAAGAAGAUGAGUUAAUUGAUGUUGUGAACCAGAGUUGGAAUGCUGUAGAUAAUGGGGAGGUGCUGCAUCGUAUCAGUAACUGUGCAAAAGAGCUUUCUAUUUGGAAUAAAGUAAAUUAUAAGGAGAAGAGCCACAAUCUUGCUUUACAUAUGGCAGCCAUGGAAGCUGCAAGAAUGGCUAAUGAUGAGGGUGCAGCCGGGAGAUUUUUUUAG